AUGAUAGCAGGAACUCCUACGGGUGUGCCGCAGCUGAAAUGGGUGUCCAGUAUUCCCAACAACGGCCUUAUCAGAUAUAAAGGUCUGCUAAACCAGGAGCGUGUACUCGUCACGUCUGCGAAAGCAAUAUCUGAGGUUCUAGUCACGAAGAGCUACGACUUUAAGAAACCUGGUCAGAUCAGAUUCACGCUAGGUCGGAUUCUAGGGGUUGGCAUUUUACUGGCAGAAGGCGACGAACAUAAGCUGCAGAGGCGGAAUCUUAUGCCCGCCUUCGCGUUCAGGCACAUCAAGGAUCUCUAUCCUGUCUUUUGGGAUAAGGGCAGAGAAGGCGUCCAGGCGCUGACAGAAUAUGUUCUUUCAGAGGCGGCAAAGACCCCUGCUCCGCAAGACCUAGAGAAGGGCAGUGAACUGGACGGAAAGACCACCGCGGUGGUCGAGGUGGGAAGUUGGGCUUCGCGGAUGACGCUCGACAUCAUCGGCGUCGCUGGGCUAGGUCGGGACUUCGGUGCUAUUCGCGACACGCAGAAUCCUCUGUUCAAGACGUACAAUCACCUCUUCAAACCCUCUCGGCAGGCGCAAAUACUCACGCUGAUGGGGCUUGUCUUCCCGGGCUGGCUGAUUAGUGCUAUUCCAGUCAAGCGAAAUGAAGACAUUGCUGCGGCAGCAAAGGUCAUCCGCUCUACAUGCCGCGACCUCAUCCGCGAGAAGAAGCACAAGCUCGAGCGCAAAGAGCUGACAGAUGUCGACAUUCUGUCGGUAGCCCUCGAAAGUGGCGGCUUCACCGAGGACAACCUUGUUGACCAGCUCAUGACUUUUCUGGCUGCUGGACACGAGACAACGGCCUCUUCGAUGACAUGGGCCACCUAUUUAUUGUCUAGAUACCCCGAGAUACAGACCCGUCUGCGCGAGGAAGUCAGAUCGAAUCUGCCUUCGCUGAAUGAUGCCGCAAGCAUUUCCAGCCUCGACAUUGACCACCUGCCGUACCUGAAUGCCGUAUGCUCGGAAGUGCUGCGUUACUGGAGUCCUGUACCCAUGACUAUGCGCGAGACUGCUGUCGAAACAACCAUUGAAGGCCAGAAGAUCCCCAAGGGCACGAGAAUCAUCCUCUCCCCGGCCGCCACGAACAAGGACGUGCAUCUCUGGGGCCCGGACGCCCUGACUUUCAACCCCGAUCGUUGGAUCCCCAAGUUCGAGGGAGACAAGCAGGCCGCGAGCGGCGGAGCGAGCUCGAAUUACGCAUUCCUGACUUUCCUGCAUGGCCCUAGGAGUUGCAUAGGCAUGUCAUUCGCCAGAGCCGAAUUUGCUUGUCUCCUGGCAGCUUGGGUAGGACGUUUCGAGUUCAGUUUGAAGAACAAGGAGGAAAUGGACGAGACGAAGAUUGCCAUCAAAGGUGGUAUCACAUCACGGCCAGCCAAGGGACUGUAUGUUUAUGCCAAAGUCCUAGAUGGCUGGUGA